GACGUCGUCCACGAGAUGCUGUCGCGCCACGAGGCCUUCUUCGGGGCCGCGGGCCACGAACGCGUCCGCGGCGCGACCGUCGUCGUCUUCGGUUUGGGCGGCGUGGGCAGCCACUGCGCGGUCAUGCUCGCGCGCGCCGGCGUCGCGGCGCUGCGGCUCGUGGACUUCGACCACGUGUCCCUGAGCUCGCUGAACCGCCACGCGGUCGCGACGUUGGACGACGUCGGGAGCCCGAAGGCGCGGGUCCUCGCGGACCACGUCGCCAAGGUCGCGCCCUUCGUCGCCGUCGAGGGCCUCCCCCAGAUGGUCACGGCGGCCUGCGCCGAGGCCAUGCUCGCGCCGGUCCACGGGCGGCCCGUGGACCUCGUCGUCGACUGCAUCGACGACGUCGAGACCAAGGCCGCGCUGCUGGAGACGUGCUGCCGGCUGAACAUCAAGGCGCUGAGCGCCAUGGGCGCGGGCGCCAAGGCGGACCCGACGAAGCUCUGCGUGGCGCCCCUGGCCGACGCCGUCCACGACCCGCUGGCCGUGAAGCUGCGCUGGAAGCUGCGGCAAAGGGGGGUCGACUACGGCGGCGCGGAGCUCGAACCGGGGACCGCGGGCGCGCCGGGCGCGGCGGAGCGCGUCACGUGCGUCUACAGCUACGAGCAGCCGCGCUGCAGCUUGUUGCCGCUGAGCGACGCGCAGGUCGCCGCGGGCGCGAAGAACUUCGGCGCUGUCGACGUCGACCACUUCCGCGUGCGCGUCAUGCCGGUGCUGGGCGCGUCGCCGGCGCUC